CCAAUGGUGAGCGGAAACCGGACGUCGCCGUAUUUGCCCUUACGGAUGCUUCGUUGUAGGAAGUAAAGGCUGUCAAAUAUGAGUUUCCACUACGGACAGGGCUAUCCAGUUGGAGUCAACCCGCCACAGGGUGCGCCAUACGGUGCAGGCAGAGGUUCCUAUGGGCCUCCCCCAUCAGCUCCUUACGGAGGUCCUGGAGGUCAACCAGGAGGCCCCUAUGGUGGUUAUGGAGUUCCAGGUCAUGGAGGGCAAUAUGGGCCAGGGCCAGGUGGUGCCCCUGGUGGGCCUUAUGGGGGUUAUGGUGGACAACCGUAUGGGAGACCUAAUGCAAACUAUGGUCCUGCAGGUAACAUCCCUCCUGGUGUUAACCCAGAGGCGUACCAGUGGUUCCAGAGUGUUGACACUGAUCGCAGUGGCUUCAUCAACCUAAAGGAGCUCAAGCAGGCACUUGUCAACUCUAACUGGUCUUCCUUUAAUGACGAGACUUGCCUCAUGAUGAUCAACAUGUUUGACAAGACGCGGUCUGGUCGAAUGGACCUGUUUGGCUUCUCAGCACUGUGGGACUUUAUGCAGCGGUGGAGAGCAAUGUUUCAGCAGUAUGACAGAGAUCGCUCAGGAUGUAUCAGUGGCAUGGAGCUACAACAAGCUCUCGCUCAGAUGGGUUACAACCUCAGCCCCCAGUUUUCAGAGACGCUGGUCCAGCGCUUCACCGUGCGAGGUGCCCGACCCGGCAUACAGCUGGACCGCUUCAUCCACGUGUGCACGCAGCUUCAGAGCAUGACUCAAGUGUUUCGGGAGAGAGACACGAGCAUGACGGGCAGCAUCCGCCUCAGCUAUGAGGACUUUCUGUCCGGUGCUGUCACCAGGCUCAUGUGAGCCCCGUUCCACCGACUGCCCCUCUGCACAGCCUCACUCCAUGUUCAGGUCACAAUCGCUCCCUUUUUCGCCAUAAGUGCCCCCACAUGCGGCUAUGUAUACAUCAUGCCAGUCCAUGUUGUUGCGUGGCUUAUUGCUGUAAAUAGACAAAGCUCAGCAACAUAUACCUGAAUAAAGUCCACUGGCUCUUUUAAAUGGAGCUAAAGGUUUCACAGGUUAACUUAUAGGAUGGCGCUUCAUCAUAUUUAUACUGUUAAAAUGUUGAAAUGUUGUAUGUUCAUAUUAAAAAUGGCCAAAGCUAAAAAAAAUAAAAUAAAAUAGGGUAACAUAUAUGCAAGGAGACUCUGAGCCAAAGCCUCUGGCUUCAAAAUGCUCUAAUAACUUCAUUUCAAUCAUUUCUUUAACAUUUACCUGUGUGAUGUCAAUCAAAGUGAACAACCCUAACUAAUAUGGUCAUGUCAUGCACACAGAAUGGUCACACACUCUGCCAAUCAGAAGGAAGGUAGGAGUGAAGGGAGGUGAAGCAGCUUGUUUCAGCUAGCGUAUGAAGCAAGUUUCAUUAUAAAAUAUAUAAAGAUUGGGUUACUUUGGAGUGACUGUGCAUGAAUCACACUUUAAAACAGAAUCCAAAUUGUACUGGGAAGUCAGCAGGAUGCCAAAACAGUUUACCUUGGUUGCCUUGGUGACAUGUGAAAAGUAUUUACUUGUACUUUUCCCUGUGAAUUUGCACACAAGCAGCAUUAAUGUGUUCUUGUGCCAUAAAACUGUUCAAAUGCCUUUUAAAUUUAUGCACAUCAAGGGUAUUUCCAGAAGGUACUCACUUUCAGUAAAUGUACAUGAUAUUGCAUAUUACUUCAAUAUAAGGUCUGUUAGGAAAUCUGUAUAAGAACUUCUACUGAAAAGUAAAAUAGUUUGAAUCUGUCACUAUUUUUAACUGCUCGCAGUAAGAUAAGAUGGAUAAAAUUGUGCCUCACUGCAUCCUUUGGUUUCUUCUUGUUUUUUUACUUCAGUACAUUUAUCUUUGAUAUAUGAAUAAUACACUCCACUGAGGUAUAUAUGCUCAUUAAACAUGUCAUGAUGGUUUGUAAUGCCAAAAGCAAAUAAAUUUUCAUAUGUAUGAAUGA